AUGCCAGAAGUGGGGUAUUGGGGAUUCAGGCAUGUUCAAGUGUUUCUUCAAUUCACUGGCCUUGUGAUGGCGUUCGCAAUGAGAGUAAACAUGAGUAUGGCAAUAAUCCCAAUGACAGUUGAGAAAUCAUUUGCUUGGAAAAUGCAAACACAAAGCGUGAUACUUUCUUCUUUCCUUUGGGGAUACGUUGUACUCCAAAUUCCAAGUGGCGUGAUAGCGGCCAGAUAUGGAGGAAAAAUUCUCCUGGCAUCAUGCAUUGCUGUCAAUUCUGCAGCGUGUCUUUUAAUACCUUUUGUAGCAUACGAGACAGGUUGGAAAGGACUCUGCGUUUUGCGUGUCUUGCAAGGUCUUUCUCAAGGCUGUAUAUUUCCAGCCACACAUUAUCUUGUAAGUAAAUGGGUUCCCGUUGAGGAAAAAGGACGAUGUGUAUCCUUUAUUUACGCAGGGUCCUAUCUUGGGAUGGCCUUGCAGCUAAUAGCUUCUGGUUUUAUAAUUGAUAUAUGGGAUUGGCCAGCAAUCUUUUAUUCCAAUGGUUUAUUGGGUAUUAUUUGGCUCCUUUGUUAUGUGUAUUUUGGAGCCGAUUGUCCACAGAAGUCAAAAAUGAUUAGUCCGGAAGAAAGACAAUUAAUACAAACUUCAUUGGGACAAGUUGGCAAUCAAAAGGCUUUGAAAACCCCGUGGAAAGCGAUACUCACUAGCGUGCCGUUUCACGCUCUGCUGACAAUGCACUGUGGGAAUAACUGGGGCUUUUGGACAUUAGUAACAGAACUACCUUCGUAUAUGGGUCAAGCACUCAAUAUUCAUAUAAAAAAGAAUGGUGUGGUGUCAUCUAUCCCCUACUUUACAACAUACGUUUUAAGCUUUGUAUUUGGCUUUGCUUCGGAUUAUGCUCUUAAACGCAAAUGGUGUAGCAUCGGCACUUGCAGAAAAGUGUGCAAUUCUGUUGGUGAAUUUGGUCCAGCCAUAAUGCUAAUAGUUCUGUGUCAAGUGCCACCAGGUCAUCCGCAUGCGUGUAUAUUUUUGCUCGCGCUCGUGGUCGGACUUAAUGCGGGAAAUUUGACGGGUUUUUUGAUCACGCACAUCGAUAUGGCUCCAAACUUCGCUGGCCCUCUCAUGGGGGUGACCAACUGCGUCGCCAACUUCGUAGGACUCAUAGCACCCCUGGUGGCCGGUCUUAUACUGGAAGAUGAGAAAGAUCCCAACCAGUGGCACAUGGUGUUUUACUUGGCUUCAGUUGUAUACAUCGUCACGAAUGUGAUAUUCAUCAUAUUUGCUAGCAACGUAGAGCAGCCUUGGAACAAGCCUCCUCAAGAUGUUUAA